CGAACCAAGUCGGGGGUUUCCCCUCGUGCGUUGGACCGAACCAAGUCGGGGGUUUCCGUGGGUGACUCUUAUCAACAACUACUUUCACUUUCAGUCUGAAGUUCUUUCACAGAGCAGACGUGCGACGAGCCUGCGGACAGAUCGCCAGAAGCCUUCCCAGCUGCGUCCUGCUGCCUUCUCGGUGUUCUUCAGCCGUCAGGGCUUCUCCAGCUGUCCAGCUCAGAAGGAUGCAGAAGAUAAGCUCCUCCUCCUUCGUCCUGCCUGUGCUGUGCGUGUGUGUGGAUGUGUGUGUGGUGCGCGCCGUCCGCCUGGCCCAGCCCUGCCCCUUCCUCCUGCCCCGCCCCUUCCUGGCCCUGUGGGGGGGGGCGCUGCUCAGGGCCUCGGCCCUGCUCCUCCUGUCCUUCCUGGGGGGCCUGCGCCGGAUGCGGGGCCCGGAGGGGCUCCAGAGCCUGGCGGUCCUCUGCUUCCACCGCCCCGCCUACGUGGCCCUGCUGGGGGCGCUGGGCCGCCCCGCCCAAGAGGAGCUGUGGGCGUGGCACUCCUGGGGGAGGGUCCUGCAGGGCUACGCCGUCACCCUGGUGGCCUGGACCUACUGGAGUCGGUACGUGGCGGCGCUCCUGAGCUCCGGCGUGCGGUGGGUGCGGUCGGCGCUGAAGACGGGGUCGGCCGGGGGGUCGGCGGAGGUCAGCGGCACGGCGCUGAAGAGGCUGCUGGGAUGCAUGCGUCCUUACCUGUGGCGCUUCGUCUUCGUGCUGGCCUUGGUGAUGCUGUCGUCCUACGGUGAGAUGGCGGUGCCGAAGUACACGGGACACAUGGCGGACUGGAUCGUCAACGAAGAAGCUCCCAACGCGUUCUCAGAAGCCAUCUGGCUCAUGGCGGUCCUGACAGUCCUCAGCGCCGUGCUGGAGUUCGUGUGCGACCUGACCUACAACACCACCAUGAGCGCCAUCCACACGUCCAUCCAGGCGGCGGUGCUGGAGGCCGUCCUGCAGCAGGACAUCGCCUUCUUCGACGCCACGUCCACGGGGGAGCUGGUGUCCCGCGUCACCACGGACACCAGCGACAUGAGCGAGGCGCUGAGCGACGAGCUCAGCCUGGUCAUGUGGUACACGGCCCGCUUCGUCUUCCUGCUGAUCUUCAUGCUGAGCCAGUCCUGGAAGCUGACCCUGCUGUCCUGCAUGGGGGUCCCCAUCAUCUGGGUGCUGCCGGAGUUCAUCGGACACUUCCGUCAGAUUAUUGCUGCCAAGUCUCAGGACCUGCUGGCCAAGGCCAACCAGGUGGCCACCGAGACCUUCUCCUGCAUCAAGACCGUCAAGUGCUUCGCCAACGAGGACGGCGAGACGGACAGGUACCGGCGGCGGAUGGACGACAUCUACGCCCUCAACAAGCAAGACGCGGCCACGUAUGCAGCUUCUACCUGGGCCAACAGCAUGACCUCUUUGGCCUUGAAAGUGGCCAUUCUGUACUACGGAGGACUGCUGGUGACUGAAGGAGCCGUCAGCAGUGGAGACCUGGUGGCUUUCGUCCUCUAUGAGCUGCAGUUCACGUCCUCGCUGGAGGCCGUGAUGCGUUGUUACCCAGAAGUGAAGAAAGCCAUCGGAGCCUCUGAGAAGAUCUUCGAGUAUUUGGAUCGGGAACCUCAGGUCCCCCCCGACGGCAGUCUGGAGCCGGAUCGUCUGGAGGGACACGUUCAGUUCAGAAACGUCACGUUCUGCUAUCCUGGAAAAGCCAACGAAAACCCCCCGGUGCUCAAGAAUGUGAGUCUGGAGUUGAAGCCGGGUAAAAUCACGGCCCUGGUGGGCUCCAACAGGUCCGGGAAGUCUACAUGUGUGAAGCUGCUGGAGAGGUUUUACCAGCUCCAGAACGGAGACGGGGAGAUCUUACUGGACGGGAAGCCACUGCAAAGCUACAAAGACCAGUACCUGCACGACCAGAUUGCUGUGGUGAGCCAGGACUGCCUGCUCUUUGCUCGCUCCGUCCGCGAGAACAUCAAGUACGGCCGCGAGAACGCUUCAGAGGAGGAAAUGAUAGAAGCUGCUCAGCUGGCCAGCGCCCACAGCUUCAUCACCGGACUGCCCAGUGGAUACGACACAGAUGCUGGGGAGAAGGGCGGCCAGGUGUCUGGAGGGCAGAAGCAGCGCAUCGCCAUCGCCAGAGCUCUGAUCAAACAGCCUAAAGUCUUGAUCCUGGACAACGCCACCAGCGACCUGGACGGAGAGAACAGACACCAGGUCAGCCAGACCCUGCUGAACCAGGCCAGGAGCUGCUCGGUGCUGCUCGUCUCCAACAACAUGAGCAUGGUGGAAAGCGCUGACCACAUCGUGGUCCUGAACGGCGGCGAGGUGGAGGAGGCGGGCGGCCAUGACGAGCUGAUGAGGAGAGGCGGCUUCUACGCUCAACAGGUGGAGAAACAGCAUCUGGGCUUCCAGCGUCCAGAGGAGGCCGGCAGCCAGCUCCUUUAAAGACAGAGGCUACCCUGAAUCAUUCCCCCUGGGCGGGGCGGGGCGGGGCGGGGCGGGGCUUGGCCGUUCUGAUUGGUUCUGGUGAUGGCGGGUUCCUGAUGACGGGGAAUUACAGCAGUCUACUCCGGACGAACACAUGAUGGAUUCAUUUCUCAGCUCCGAGUCAGCAUGUUCCUGAUUUUAGAGAAACCACGCAGCUGGAAGGAGGAGGUCCUGCAGACCUGGCCAGUUAAAGGUCAAAGGUCACUCGAGGUGUCCAGAUGUUUUUAACAUGUCCUUCUUUUCUCUCAGUAUGUUUGUGAUUGUCUCUGAAGCCAGCAGCAUGUGUUGAAUCCGUUGUGCAGUUCUCUUUCGUGUUCGUGCUGUGAGCCUCGUUGCAUAAAGUCCUGUUGACUCUG